GAAGAGAGAGAGAGAGAGAGCGAAUCAAAAAUAGAAAAUGGAAUAAAAAUUACACGCAUUACUUCAGCUAAGUAGGACAAAUCAAAGGGUGGUCGUCAGGUCCCGAGUCCGUUAUUCCGUUACCGUCAAUAUCAUCAAAUUUCCGCUCCCAAUUCUUUCUCCCAUUCUUCAAAUUCGUCCCUCCCCAUCCAACCAUGCAUAAACCAUCCAAGUAAAUACUCCAUUCUUCUUCUUCCUCCAUUCCUCUCCUUCUCCUUUUCCCUCAGAAUUUGAUUGCGGAGCCGUUCUCUUAUCUAAAACCCACAGCCUUGUCGAUCAAUUUCUAGUCGUCUGAAGACGAAAAUCUUCCCCCGAAUCAUCGCCCUCGCGACCCGCCAAGAUGCAUAGACCCUUCCAAAAAAAAGUCCCCUAGCCUGCCCACCCGCCCGCCCCUGCCGGCAUCCUCAUCCCCACAUGAACUGAUAGAGCCCGUGCACGCACACACGCAAAGAUGCACCAACACGUUAGGAAAAAGCUCUUGUAGCUUAGCACGUAUGCGCGCGCGGACCCUCCCACGACCCACCAUAACCUCCCCCGACCCCGAGCUCGCCGUAUUGGAAGAUGCACCGCCACAUCAGGAAAAAACACCUCCUCUGAUCCUCCGCCCACAGACGCACACCAUUUGUUUCUCAGUCCUCCCCGACCGCCCUGCCGACAGUCCGGACAGCUGCACCUGCACCACCGCAUCCCGGACAAGCUUGGCUGCUGACCACCUGCUGCUUGCACAAACACGGAAAUUCACGCCCGAUUUCAUUUCUCAGAAGGUAUUGCUUGCCUUCUUACAUGAUGCACAGGCACGUGAGGAAACAGCUCUUAUAGGCUGCGCGCCGAGAAAGAGACGUUCGUGAAUCAUCCUUUGGUCUUUGGGUUACAAAGCCAAUCUGGACCGGCGCGGUUCGGAUACCAAACUAACUGUUGAUCAGCCAUCGAGUCUUGUGGGGUCCGAGAGAGGGAAGGGGCCAAGCUGGUGUCCUAUAUAUUGUGUGCUGAGUUGGGACUUAUUAAGGGAGUUGCUGCCUAGGCAUAAGCAGGGUCAUCUCAUCUGUUCAAUUAUUUCUUGGAGCUGAGCUCUUCCGAUUGAGAUCAUCAUGGUGGCCCACAGCGGAGGGUACCAAAGCGACGAUGGGAUGCUGACAAUGCCCAAUGGGUCCUCAUCGGCAUCUUCAGCCUCGGGUGGAAAUGCAGCUGGCAUGGCCAAGCAGCAGGCCCUGAAGAAGGGCCCAUGGACAGCUGCGGAGGAUGCGAUCCUCAUGGAGUACGUGAAGAAAAAUGGAGAAGGGAACUGGAAUGCUGUGCAGAAGAACACGAGCCUGUCCCGAUGCGGGAAGAGCUGCCGCCUCCGGUGGACCAACCACCUCCGGCCCAACCUCAAGAAGGGCUCCUUCACCCCCGAGGAGGAGCGCCUCAUCCUCCAGCUCCACGCCCAGCUCGGCAACAAGUGGGCCCGCAUGGCCGCCCAGCUUCCAGGGCGAACCGACAAUGAGAUCAAGAACUACUGGAAUACGAGAAUCAAGCGCCGCAUCCGCCAGGGCCUCCCCCUUUACCCGAAUGACAUCGCUUCUCAGAAGCCAGAAACUUCACCCCCAAUGCAGCUGGAAGCCCAGCCUGCUGCGACCGCCCCUAUCCGAGGCCGACCACCUCUCCAGAUCCCAACCAGGACAAUAUCGCAAUUCCUGGCUCAGUCACACUCCCCAAGCUCGACACCGAGCCCCGUCCAUCUCUCCCCACAUUCCUACCACCAACUAAAGACCAACUUCACCCACUCUCUGUCCCUCUUUGAUCCCGCCUCUCCGCUCUCUCCCUCUACGAGUAGUCUUUCAAGCCCGCAUGGCCUUCAUAGCCCCCACGGCCUCCCUAGCCCGCAUGGUCUUCCAAGUCGACACAGUCUUCCAAGCCCACACUCGCCGACCAUCUUGUCCCCAAACCUUGUUCUCAAUAGCUACCAAGACACGAACGCCUCCUUCCCGGGAUUCUCCUUUCCCCAGCAGACCUCUGCUCUCCAGUUGCCUACUGCAAGUUCUUUCCAAUUCACUCCAUUAACUUUCAACCUCAACUCCACGCAAGGCCUGCAGACAUCUCAACCACCUGGCACGGUGUACACUCCCACAAAACCAGAGGAGCUCCCUUCAUACCAAUCGUACCAGUCUCAACAGGAAAAGUCCGUGCUCGGGCCUGAGCCUGAGCCAAAGCCUGAUGAGCAGGAAACCAGGUCGAAGCCCAGUCUGCCUUACAGCAGCAGCAUGGGGCUGCUGGAGGACCUACUGCAGCAGGCUGAGGCACUGACCUCGAACGAGAACUCACAGGAUCAGAACAACUUCUUCCAACUGCAGGAUCAGAAGUCUGAGUUCUCGCUGAAGUCGGGCUACGCCUGGGAUGAUGUAGCUAAUGGCUCUGAUAGCUCCUCUGCAGAUGCAGGAUCAGAGAUCAAGAACGAAGUGAAAGAUGAGAGCGGCUCCCUACAUGAGGACCUUACAGCUCUGCUCCAGUCAAUCUCUUCACCUGCUAACGUCCUGGAGGAGUACAACCACCUCGGAGACAACCUGAACAUCCCGUCCCUGGACUUCGGUUCUGAAGAUAGCCUGGGGCUCGACAUGCAGCAAAUAGCGUCGAUUUUCCAGGUGGACACAGCCUCCACUGAGAUCAGCAGGCAGGCUGCCUCCUGCCCCUGGAACAACCUGCCAAGGAUCUGCUAGAACCGUGGCAGUGCUCCGGUCUGAUGCGGGAUCCACGGCUUUCAUGUAACUAAACUUUUUCCUAUACUAUGCAAUAUUUUUCAAACACACCACUAUUGUAUUAAAGACAUAAACAAACAAUUACGUAAGUGCAUUGUAUUAUAGUAAUGUUUACAGUGA